CCGUUUCAACACCUCAAGAAGAAGAACACACGAACGUCUGAAUUUUGGAGCUUUCCUUCCCACGCUCACCAGUGACGACGUGUGCUCUUUGAACGACAUGAUGGAGGUGUCAGUCCACCCCAGCCCACAGAAGGAGAUAUUCUGUGCAGCUCUGCUGCUCGUUUUGACGCUCACGUCUGCAGAAGAAGGCGCCCAGCUGAAGAACUCUCAGUGUCACAACUACGCAGGAGGACACGUCUAUCCUGGGGAGGCUUCCCGUGUGCCCGUCUCUGAUCAUUCUCUGCACCUCAGCAAGGCCAAAAUUUCAAAGCCUGCCCCACACUGGGAAGGAACAGCAGUCAUCAAUGGUGAAUUCAAGGAGCUGAAGCUGUCAGACUACAGAGGAAAAUAUCUGGUCUUUUUCUUCUAUCCUCUGGACUUCACGUUUGUCUGCCCAACUGAGAUCAUAGCCUUCAGCGACCGUGUGCAUGAGUUUCAGGCCAUCAACACCGAGGUGGUUGCCUGCUCGGUGGAUUCCCAGUUCACUCACCUGGCCUGGAUCAAUACACCCAGGAAGCAGGGAGGACUGGGACAAAUGAAAAUCCCUCUCUUGUCUGACCUCACUCACCAGAUUUCCAAAGACUAUGGGGUCUACCUGGAGGAUCAGGGCCACACGCUGAGGGGACUCUUCAUCAUUGAUGACAAAGGCACCCUAAGGCAGAUCACCAUGAACGAUCUUCCAGUUGGACGAUCCGUAGACGAGACACUGCGGCUGGUUCAAGCGUUUCAAUACACGGACAAACACGGAGAAGUGUGUCCAGCAGGAUGGAAGCCAGGCAGCGACACAAUCAUUCCCGAUCCUUCAGGCAAGCUGAAGUAUUUUGAUAAACUGAACUGAUGGAACAAAAUGAAAAUUCAAAUAAAUUGUGUUUUCAUAAUACGCUCUCAUCUUAUC